AUGUUACCUAUGGAAAAACGACAUAUCUAUGAUCAAUUUUAUACUCCAGCAUUGUAUCGUGCUGAAUUUGAAGCUAAACCGAUGGUUUUAUUUCUUGGACAGUAUUCGGUUGGUAAAACAUCAAUGAUCAAAUUUCUUUUAAACGGAAUGGAAUAUCCGGGUAGUAUGAUUGGACCGGAACCAACAACGGAUUGCUUUACAGUUAUUUAUCAUUCAGCUAAUGCAAGUACUGUUAUGGGAACAUCACUUGCAUCUGAUAAUACAUUACCAUUUCAGUCAUUAAAUAUGUUUGGUUCGGCAUUUUUGACGCGAAUGCGUGGUGCAACACUUCCGUCUAAAUUACUUGAACAUAUUACUUUUAUGGAUACACCUGGAAUAUUAUCCGGUCAAAAGCAACGUUCAUCACGUGGCUAUGAUUUUGCAUCCGUUGUAAAUUACAUUGCUGGCAAAGUUGAUAUGAUCGUACUUUUAUUUGACACUUCAAAAUUGGAUAUCAGCGAUGAGUACAAGCAAGUAAUACAAUGUCUUAAAGGAAACGAAGAAAAAAUUAAAAUAGUACUCAAUAAAGCAGAUCAAGUGGGAGCAGCAGAACUUAUUCGAGUUAGAGGUGCACUGAUGUGGAGUUUAAGUCGAAUUCUUGAAUCACCGGAAGUUCCUAAAGUUUUUAUUGGUUCAUUUUGUACGGCGGAUUCCAAAGAUACAAUUAGCUCUGAAGUGCAUGAAAUCUUUACACAAGAAUAUAUUGAUUUCUUUGAUGAAUUAAAAUUACUUCCAUCGGGUUGUAACGUACGUAAGUUAAACGACGUAAUUAAACGUGCCAAGAAAUUAAAAAUUCAUGCGCUUAUUAUGGAAUAUCUUCUUAAGAAGAUGUGGUGUAAAUCAAAUGGUGAAUUGAAACGUGUUGUAACACAAUAUAAUUUACUUCAAAUAUUAGAUGAUUUCAAAUAUCGUUUGCGAGUUGCAGAAAGUGAUUUACCUGACAUAUUGCCUUUUUUGGAAAAAGCACGUUUGUCAUAUAUUAAAGGAUGGAAUAAAGUAAACGAAGAGCAAAUGCAUAAUUUGGAUCAAUUCAUUAAUGAUGAUAUACCUAGAAUGGUAGCAGCUGUACAAAGUAAAAAUAAAAAAAUAGAAAUUCCAAGCGUUCUCGAGAAUCUCUACAAAGAUUUGAUGAAUAAACGAUUGUUGGAAGAGAGAAAAUCGAAAAGACAUAAGAAAUCUAAGUUAGAUACUAAUGCAAAUAAAUUGAAAUUAAAAAAAAAUAAAUCGGAAUCUAAAAAUGAUAAAUCAAAAUCUGACCAAAUGAAACCGGAUUCGAAAGAAAGUAAACCAAAAUCUGAUGUUGUCAAACCGGAUUCGAAAGAAAGUAAACCAAAAUCUGAUGAUGUCAAACCGGAAUCUAAACGAAGCAAACCAAAAUCUGAGGAAGAUAAACCGGAAUCUAAACGAAGCAAACCAAAAUCUGAGGAAGAUAAACCGGAAUCUAAACGAAGCAAACCAAAAUCUGAGGAAGAUAAACCGGAAUCUAAAGAAAGCAAACAAGAUUCCAGUGAAUAUAAAGCGAAAAAACGGAACAAACUUGAGUAA